CAGAGGAUCAUGCACUUGUUGGCCCUCAGGCAGAGGGCGGGGGGACAGAGACAGACACUGCAACCUGGUCCAGGUGCCCACGGAGUUGGGGGGCUGGGUGUGAGAGAUGCUCACAAACAACCCCCCGGGGCUGGUUUCCCACUGUGUGCCGAGCCCGUGCUGAGGGCGUCCCAGCCUUCACUUCCUCCACACCCCGAAGACAGCAGAAGGGACAGGGACGGGAGUGGUGGUCCUUGCCUUUCUGGCUCCGCAGAUGGAUGGACGGACGCCAGGGAGGAGGGAGCUGAGCCCUGUGGGAUGAGCAGACUGUGGCCUUUGUGUCCCUCCUCCUGCCACCUCCCACGGCUGCAGGACAGGCGCAGUGUGUGCAAAGUGGUGGAGCUGCCCUGACAGCAUCAGCCCCGGGCCACCGACGCCCUCACUCCUUCAGACACAGGGCAGGGCGGCAAGGAGGCUGCGUGGAAUCUGCGGGAAAGACUCCAGAACUUUCAGGGAGUCCUGGUGGGACAGCUGGGCUGGCCGGGGCAGCCGUUCGCAUGAGUGGCCACUGGAGGACACACAUGACAAAGGGGCACCAGCUACCCCGCCUCUCCUCCCUCUGGGCCCCUGCAGUCACGGCCCUGGAGAAAAGGCCACUGCUGCUGCUGACCCUCAUCCUGGGCCUGGCCAGUGCCCAGGAGACUCUAGAAGAAGUGCCAGUGCAGCCAGCCUUCGAUGCCCAGAAGGUGGAGGGACGCUGGCUGACCGUCCAGCUGGCCUCCAGCCACGCACACCUGGUGUCCCCAGACGACCCCUUGAGGCUCGCUCUCCAUUCCAUCCGCAGCCGGGACGGGGACCUGGAGCUCAUCUUAUUCUGGACAGGAGAGGGGGUGUGCAAAGGCGUAAACGUCACCAUCCAUCCAACUGGGCUCCAAGGCCAGUACCAAGGCUCCUUUGAGGGAGGCGGCAGCAUGCACGUCCGCUUCGUCAGCACCGACUACAGCAACCUCAUUCUUUACGUCCGCUUCGAGGACGACGACGAGACCACCAGCCUGUGGGCGCUGCUGGGUAGGUAGGGGCUGUCCCCAGUGCUGGCCACACCCCACGUCUGUCCAAGGCUGGGGGUCAGUGACCUCUGCUCUGAGGGUGCAGUACUUCCUUCCCCCUCCCCUCAGGUGGGGCAUCACACGCUUGACCCAUCUCCUGCCUGCCACAUGCUGGGCCUGUCCUGGGAGCCUGGACUCUGGGUGGACAGAUGGAAAAGCCCCUCCCUCAUCCGCUUCAUGGGGGGAGGGCCAAUGCGGCUUAGGGCUUCAGAAAGUGGAAGUGUCCCAGGGACCAGGGUGGCCUUGGUGGGCCACACAGUCCUGAAGGCUGGACAGAGGUGAGGGAGGGGCCAGGCGUAUCCCGGAGAUGGGGACCGACAGAGCCAGAGCCCCAGGGUGCGGGCCACCACACACCAGGGGCCCAGGCAGCUGAGGUCAUCGGGUUGGGGGGGCCUGGUCACUUGGGCAGCAGGCAGCUGCGUGUGAAGUGAGGGCUCUCUGGGGGUCCUCACCCGUGGGGAUAGGGCCUGAUCCCCCCCUUGGAGGAGCGCUGUGCCUGCUCUGCCAAGAGCUGACCCGCUUUCAGAGGAGACGAUGCCGCCAGGGGACGGGAGCUGCGGCCACUGCAGCAACCGGGCAGAGGGCCUCGGGGCUGGCAAGGAGCUGGGAGGAAAGUCAGAGCCUCGGAGCUCUCAGCCCCUCGCCACCAGCCCCUCUGAUUUCAGCCAGAAGAAUGGUCGGGGACCCCGCAUGGCUGGGGAAAUACCUCGAGUAUGUCGCAGAAUUCCAGCUGCAAAAAGCCCCUGUCCUCAACCUCGAUGGUAAGCGCUGCCCUUGGCAUUUCUCCUGGCGCCCAGGCGGGCCAGGCCGGGGUCUGGAGCCUCGCUUUCCAGCCUGGAGCCCCCGCAAACAAUAACAACCACAAGACCAGAGCAAUUGAAACCGUAGCCAGCCUCCACAGGGGCCUGAUAUGGUCAGGCCUAUGCUGGGUGCCGCCCCGCCAGGUCUCUUGAAGCCUCUGUAAUGUGGUGACGUGGGCACAGUGGUCGUCUCUAUGUCAUGGAGGUGGACACUGAGGCUCAGAGAGGUUCAGAAACAAGGCCAAGGUCACAGUCAGGAGGAGGAGCUGGGAGGCACUGGCCUCUCCCCUGUUCCCCUCCCCCGUGCAUCAUUCAGUCAGUCAACAAGCACAUGGGCCAGGCCCAGCUCCGGGAUUGGAAUGCAUGUGGACCAAGACAUUCUCCAGCCCGCGUGCACCUUACAUGGGACAUUGUAGUUCAGUCAAUUUGCUAGAGACAAGUGCUUCAGAGGAGGGAGCCAAGCGGGCUGGGAGAGCCGAGGGGUAGGCAGGGUCUUGUGGGUCUUGAGGGUCAUCAUGAGGGCACGAGGGCCAUGGCAGGAUGUGAGCUGUCAUCGGGGUGCUGGAUGGCAGAGGGCAACGUGACCCCAGGGAGAGAUGACGGUUGCAUGCUGUGUGACUGACUGACCGAUUGCUUGAUUGUCUUCAGAUCCCCUCCCUGUUCUCUUCCCUCCACAGCCCAGUGCCCCCCACCUGAAGCCUAGGUGGGCCCAGCCCCUGCGUCUUCCUGCUGCCUCCCUUCCCGCCCUGCUGCCCUCGCCGCCCUCUCCCAGCCUUCCCCACAGCUUGCCCAGGGGCAUUCUGAUCUCCUCUGCCACCCGAAGAAGCCCCUCCAGCCUGGGCCCGGACCCUGCCUCUCUGUGCCCCAUUCCCAGCCUCUCCUAGCCUGGCCCACGGGCUUGAGCACACCCUGGAUGGCGAGGAGGGGACGGGUGGUCCCCCAAGCUACCAGCAGCAGUCAGCACAGCGUUACAGUCCAGCAGAUGGAGUCACCCUCUGUGUCCUUCAGGGACGGCUGUGAGGGGCCGGGCUGGCACUCCUCUGACCUGCCUUCACCUGCAUCCUGCUCUGGGGCGGCUCCAGAGAGGUGCUCUGGGCUCCAUGAGCCAGCACAGCACGUCCCUGCCCAGGUCAGAGGGGCCCUGAGUGGCCGUAGCGCCAGCCCAUGCCUCCAGAAGAGCCAGGCGAGCACAGGCCCGUGUACCUGCCCAGCAGGUGAGCUGUGACGGGUCACCGCCCUCUGCUCAGAGCCGAGGUGGGGCUGGGGCCUGGGUGGAAGUUACCAACAGCUGCCCAGGCGGCCACCCACCAGCAGGACAGGCUCUUAGGAAACUGGGUUGGGGCCUUGAUACUUAUCGUCUGGAAAUGCCAGAGACAGGUGUGACCAGGUCCUGCCCAGAAUCGUCCUCAGCAAGGGCAAGGCCCCCGGGAGCCCACACCUCAGCGAGGCGACUUCCACUGCUGCCAUGGCCAGCCAUGCGAGGCCAGCAUGAUGGAGCGAACCGAUUGGCCACCUGCGUGGCUUCCACCUGCAGCGCACGCACAAGCUGGGGGUGAGCAGGUGCUUAGAGCGCAAAAGCUUUCCUGGGAGCCAGCAAACCCAAUCAGAAAAACAUAGCGGACAAUUAUGACCACAAAGCACACACUCCUGCAGUCAGCGAGCAGCUGCGGAAUUCGCAUGGAGAGACUUAAGCACAUCUCCUUACUCUGCGACCCUGAAAACUGGCUUGAAUAAUAAACAUGUGAGAUCCCUGCAGAAUCAUCACACUGUCGAUACCUAAUAAUCUUCAAAUUAACCUAUACAUUUCAAACAAGCAAUCAAUAUUCCAACGGGAUGUUUUCUCCCAAGUGCAAACUGGAGUCUAAAAUCCACAGGAAAGAAUAAAAACUUUGAAAUCUUUUAGAGAGAAGAGUAACGCAAAUCGGUCUACCAUUUCACCAUAACUGAUAUGAAAGUACAGGGGUUAAAAUUGUGUGGCAUUGGCUCAGGGACAGAAAGAAAGGUCAGUGAAACCGGAUAUAAAGUCAAGAAAUGAACACAGGAAGUAUAACAACUUCAUAGAUUACACAGAUAAUCCAUCUUACAAAGUAUUGUUUAUUCCAUAAAUCGUAUUGGAGGAAAUGGCCAAGAUAUUUGGAGGAAAAAAAUAAGGUUAGAUCUCUAACUCUGCACAUUAUCUUAGAAUUCAUUCCUGAUUAAUUCUGAGUAAAAAGAAAGCUUGAAAGUUCUAUAAUAUCUAUAACAUGGGGAUGUCAACACCACAGAUGUAGAUAUCGAGGGAGAAGACGGUAAUUGUGAAAACCUUGGACUUCGGUCCAUCAAAAACAUCACCAACAAAAUGAAAAUACAAAGGACAACCUGAAAUUAAUGCUUUCAACAAUGGUGACCAAGGGCGCACAUCACAUCCGUGGGUCUAUUUACAUCACAGCUCAUCUGAGGACAGAAGGACACUGUGUCAGAACCACGAGCAAGAGAUGCAGACCGGUCAUCCGCACACACACCAGUCAUGGGCCAAUAUAGGUCAAAAGAAGAUUCCAUUUCAUAAGUAAUACAAGGAAAAGAGAUACCAUUUUUGCUUAUCAAAUUGACAAAAUGAAAAAAAUUUUAAACGUCCAUUAGCGCCCACCAAGUGGGGAGCAUGCUCUUGUGAGGAGAGUGGAAAUGGGAUGGGCCAUUCUGGGGUCACCCAGUUUCACAGCCCUUUUAUUUUGUUUAUUUAUUUUUGAGGAGGAUUGGCCCUGAGCUAACAUCUGUGCCAAUCCUCAUCUAUUUUGUAUGUGAGCCGCUGCCACAGCAUGGCUGCUGACGGAUGAGUAGCGCUAGGUCCAUGCCCAGGAUCCAAACCCAGGCCGCCAAAGUGGAGCACGCCGAACUCAACCACGAGGUCGCCAGGGCCGGCCCCCACAGGCCUUUUAAAUAGGCUUGUUCUUGGACCUGUGACCUCCAGACGUGAAUGAGUUGACCUGUUUUCCUCCUGCAGAAAGCCAGGAGUUUACAGUGCUUUCACGUUGAUCCCACGGCUUUUUUAAAGCAGAAUCUUAGGACCCUCUCAGUCCGUCUCCCAGGCGUGUCCACGAUUGGCAGGAAAAGUCGUGCCUGUCCGUCUGAGCUCAGCGCCUGAGCGCUGCUCGCUCCCACUCCCCGGGGCUGACCCGAGAUAACUGAGACCAGCAGCUGCAGACGCAGGGCCUGUGGCUAGUGCCGUGCCUGUCUUAUCUGUUUGGAAACAAGCAUAGAUUGUUUUGAUUGAGCUGCUCUGUCCGUUCUGUCCCGUGAAGUGCUUGUCAACACUCCUCACUGUGUUAGCGUGUGAACGGCCGUGACUUGGGGCUGCGUCCUGCCUUGGUUGCCGGGGCUGCCAAGACGGAGUAUGGCAGGCGGGCGGCGGAAACCGCAGAAGUUUACUUCCCGCAGCUCUGGGGGCUGGACAUCCAGGGUCAAGGGGUGAGGUCAAGGUGCUUGUUCCUCCUGAGGCCCCUGUCCUGGGCGUGUGGACACCGUCUCCUCCCUGUGUCCUCCGUGGUCGUCCCUCUGUGCACGUCUGUGUCCUGAUCUCCUCCCCCAUAAGAUCACCAGGCCUAUUGGAUCAGGGCCCACUCUACUGACCUCAUUUUAUCUUAAUCAGCUCUUUAAAGGCCCUGUCUCCAAAUACAGACACAUUCUGGGGUCCUAGGGGUCAGGACUCCAACAUAUGCAUCAGGGAGUAGGGGAGGACACACAAUUCAGGCCAUAACACUUAGUAACCCUGCUUUUACUCCCACAGAAGAAGGUUAAGAAGAGAGCCUUAUUGGGGCUGGCCAGGUUGCAUAGUGGUUAGGUUCGCGUGCUCUGCUUCAGCCGCCCACGGUCCACAGGUUCAGAUCUCAG